AUGGGUGAACAAAUGAGAAAAAAGUUUGACAAGUAUUAUGGAGACUUUGGAAAAACAAAUGAGAUGGUUUUAGUUGCGGUUGCUCUUGAUCCAAGCUCCUCAAAUACGAAUGAUAAUGAUGUCCAAAAUUUUGUUGGUGUCGUUAAGAAUAAGCAAAUGAGAAAAAUAUCUGAUGAGUUCUAUGAAAAUGAUGUUGAAGAUGCUACGGAAAAAUCUGAAUUGGAGGAAUAUCUUGAUGCUCCACCCAAAAAAAUGAAUAAUGAAACAUUUGAAAUUUCGAAAUGGUGGAGUGACAAAUGCACAACAUACAAGUUGUUGGCAUCAAUGGCUAAGGACAUUCUAGCCAUUCCGGUGUCUACGGUUGCUAGUGAGUCCACUUUUAGUACAUCCGGUCGUGUGGUGGAUGAUUUUUGGAGUAAUUUGCUUCCAAAGACGGUCGAAGCUUUGAUAUGUACUCAAGAUUGGUUGAGGGCAUCAAAUGUUUGUGUUGACCUUGAACAAUUAUUGGAAGAUGUGGAAAAAUAUCAGGAAGAAAUCAGUCGCAAUAUGGAAGAUCUCUUACGAGGGAAUAAGUAAUUGUUGUUCGUUGCUGUUUUUGUUGUUUGCUGCUAUUGUUUUUGCUGUUUGCAGGUUGCUGUUUGCUGUUGCUGUUUUUGCAGUUUGAUGUUGUUGUUUUGAUGUUGGUGUUUUGCUGUUUAGUGUUGUUUUGAGACCAUCAUGUUAUUGCUAUUUUGCUAUUUUGAGAUUUUUUGAGUAAUUGUUUUGUAAUUUGUUAUUGGCUUAUGUUAU